AUGAAUAAUAAUCAGCAGGUAAUAAGAGCAUUAAAAAACGAAGAGUACGCUCAACACGAGCGAAAUUUCUUCCAAGUUUCCUCAAAGAACAAAAAACUCUUGGAUCUCAGCCUACCGACCCAACGAGAGAUCGACGAAUGUUAUCAACGAACCAAAGCCGCGCUUCAACAGAUUGUCGAUGGGAAGAUGAUCGAUAAGAGCAAUACUGGGCAGAUUUCCAAUAGCAAAGGUGAUAAAGAUCUCUUUGUGAAGUAUACCCCCACCAGUAUGAAUGGCAGCAAGCAAUCACGAAUGAUCAAGAUUGUCGAACAACAAGUGGAUCCGAUGCUACCGCCAAAAUUCAAGAAUAAUCAGAAGACCCCCAGUUUACCAGAUACGUUGUUAUCGAACACUGCGGUGUUGAAGGAUACGUCAGUUAAGCCGGGAGUGACUGCCGAGGAACAGAAAUCAUGGUACAUUCCUCCGGCAAUUUCCAAUUGGAAGAAUCCCAAAGGGUUUACCAUUGCCAUUGAUAAACGAUUGGCAGCAUUCGAUAAUAAACUGAAACGCGACGGGGCAGCGAUUGGCGAUAACUUUGUCAAAUUGGCAACGUCGCUUCGAAAAGCCGAUGAGAAUGCUCGAGAGGAAAUCAAGGCGCGUAAUAAGUUGAGGUUAAAAGUGGCGGAACAAAAGAAAUUAGAAAACGAAGAAAAGUUACGGAAUUUAGCAUUAAAGGCUCGACAAAACCGAUACAACAACAAUAACAAUAGUGGCAGUAAUGAUGGGAAUCAUUCGCAGGCUGAUGAUAAUCGUCGUAGACGAGAGCUCGAUCGUAAAGAACGGUUGAUGAAAUAUGAACGACAAUUGAAACAAUCGAAGAACAAUAAUGGACUCAUCAGUGCUCCAGUGGCUAGCGAUACUUUUUCCUCUGCUCCGGGCCUCAAUGACAAUAAUAGCAAUGUUGACACGUUAAUUGAUGCUCGAUUAUUCACCGCCACUAACCGAUUCACCAAUUCUUCAGAAAAUCAGGUUUACGAUACCCCAUUGUUCAGUCGUCACGAGGCGAUCCAGAACAUCUAUACCGUCAACAAUAGCAAGCUUGAUAAACUGAUUGAUGGGACUGAGGAAGUAGAAAAUAUUGGGAAAACCAAUCGUUUCAAAGUGUUGAGUGGUGGGGUGGAUAAGAGUCAAAUACAGGAUCGUGAAGGGGCAGUCAGAUUUACAAAGGCCGCUUCAAGUGCUAAAGAUGAUAAAGCCACAGGAAAAUUUGGGUUAGAUCAUGGUAAUGAUGGUAUAGAUGAAGGUCCAGCGCGGAAGAAAUCAAGAUGGGAAGAAGAAGAUGACGAAGACGAAGAUUGA